AUGAGACUGGCGCAACACGUCUCGAAAGAAUGGCAGAAGAAGAAGCAGAAGAGGGAAGAAAUUGAGAAGAAUAAGUCGGCGAGCAAUAGCAAAGUUGAGGAACUUGAACAGAAACUAAAAUCCGCAGAUAUCACUGCUGAAGAGAAAGAGAAAAUCGAGAAGGAAAUCGCAGAAAUCAAGGAUCAAGAGGCGAAAUGGUUGGCUAAAGAGAAAGAACUGGAAGAACAAGAGCGACUCGAGCCUUGGAAUGUGGACACCAUCGGACAUGAGGCGUUCAGUUACUCGCGCAUUAACAAAGUUGGUGAAAAGAAACCUCCACCAAAGCUAUCCGAUGAAGAGGACUCGAAAAGAAUGACAAACUUCUUUGACCAAAACGAAAGCCUUAUACAAGAGUAUGGAAAGCUGAAAACGUUAGAAGAGUCAGAGGAGUUCAUUCUCGAGCAUCCCCAUCUCGCUAGCGAAUACACAGCCAACUAUCUUACGAUUGAUGCACUCAAUUUGGCUAUCGAUAACAAGGCAAGUCGUUCGUUCCUCAACUAUUGUCCUGGAAUUGGAUUCCAAAAUCACGAAUUGGAAUUCAAAAAUCGUGUCGAAUCAUAUAUUUAG